AUGGGCGCCAGUGAUCUUCACCUCUGGCUUUCCUCUCAGCCACAUCCUGUGGCAGGUUACAGGCUGGAGGAUGUCUUGGCCGCAAUCAGGCUGCGUACUGGUUCCCUCGACAUCUUUCCCGAGGACUUUAUCCGCAUGACAACUCCGAACUUCCGCUCUGGCGCGUAUCUCAAGGAACUUGCGAUCUCCCGCACGUACCUGCCAUACCUCUCCUAUGAGCGGCCAUUGAAGUAUGAGGUAGCCUACCGCCUCUCGCAGCUUUUUCUGCUGGAGUUGGACUUCAUUAGCCGUCUCCGCUUCCAUCAAAAGCGCUUAAGACAGGUGGCUAUCUCCGGAAUCAACAUCGUAAAGUUCCUCGACAUGGAGGAGGGCUUUUGCGCAGGCAUGGGCGGCCUACUGUCAGCCAUGGGAGUGCGCCACGUGCUCUCCAAGGGGGUGGCCGGCUACACCCGCCCUAUGGAGCCAGCGCUUUGCGAGGCUCUCAUGAAACGCAUCAAUCCAACGGAUGCAGCCUUCUUCCCAGCUGACCACCUGGGCAGGCUGCUCGACAUGCCUCUGCCCACAGCGACCUCAUACUACACCUGGGCAGACCGGAUGGAACGAAGCCCGCUGUCCGAGAGCUAUGCUUACCGUGCUGCCAGCCCAACACGCCUCUUUGACAGCCCCAGCCUGCGGGAGCCCAGCCUCCGGGAGCCGAGUCCUGCUGGACGUUUCCGUGCUACCUCCCCGAGAGCCAUGUCACCCCGCCGCAACAGCCGCUUCAUGGAACCCAUGAGCCCAAUCAGCCCAGUAACACCAUUGCCGGAUUACUUGCUGCCUGACUCACGGCCUCCACGGCACCACGGGUCGAAGGACUGGGAUACAAGGUCGCCCUCUCCGGCUCGGAAACACUACCUGUCCGAGCUGUCCACCCAAGAUCCUGGGCUGUCCUUCGAGAGGAGCCUGGCUGACACUUACGUGUCAUCUCCAGCCCGGUCCUACUCUCCACGGCGAUAUUCGGCAGGACUAUCUGCUACCGCAUCUCCAGGGGCGUCCCCCACUUUGGGGACUCCAUUCCCACGACGUUCUCUCCAUUUCUUGGACUCGCAUGAGCAACGAGCCCUGCAGCAGACUCUGGCGGUGAUGGCCCGACAAGCCAAGCUGGAUUCCAUGGUGGAGGAUGCGAAGACGUUGCUUCCAACCUGCUGCACGGUGGAGGAAAUUUUCAACGAGCUGGAUCUGAUGCGGAAUGGGUACGUCACGCUGCGAGACAUCCGCCGCUUUAUGGCAGGUUUUGGCUUCACCGCAAAGUAUGCAAGCUACACAUCGUUGGUGAGCGACCUCCACCUGCGACGCAAGAUCUUUCACCAGCAUUCCGUGCGAGGUGCCUUGUUGCUUCCGGAGAGCUUGGAUCUGCGCGACAUCACGAUGCUCACGCUGCCCUUCACCGGAGAGGGCUGCAAGGCGGUGAUGGCCUGCGCGAACGAUGCAGAGGCCGCAUCCGUGCUGUACCUGCUGCGUAAGUCCGAGCCCUGCCCAACAUGUGGGACACGUGCCCAGCGUGACGAAGAUGCUGCGGGCUGCCCGACCGUGACCUGCCCUGUCUGCAGGACCCAGUUCCAAUGCCGUCAUGUGGAAGGAGACCGGCCGGAGGUCAGCUACCCGCUGACUUCGAACGCAAAGCAUGCUUUGUACCGGCUGCUGGGCACUACGCUGGAGGCUGCCGAAGAGCUUGACUUGGAUCGUCGAGAGCUUGCUACCUUGCUCUCCCAAGAGAUCUGUGGGCUCCAUGACGUCUUUGGGGCUAUCACUCCAGGGACUGACGGCUUCACGCAGUCGGACCUCCGCCGGUGCUUUGCCGUUCAGGGCUUGCCCCUGCCGCCAGGAGAACAGUGGGAUCUCCUGUGGCAGCGAUACGCUGCUCCGAACGCCAUCAGCGUGAACUUCCUGGAUUUUAAGAGUCAAUUACAGCCGAUGUUUUGA